CACAAAUUUGUGUGUACCUCAAGCACUCUUCGUCAUCCAGUUGAUAACGACAAAUAAUAAUAUCCAUCGUCUUCUUCUUCUUCUUCAGUGGCAUCUGUACAAAGUGUUAUGAUGGGUACUCAUUUGUUGGGUUCCAAAUUGGCCUAGAAGUAACUAAAUAAGACAAGAAGAAUCAGGACUCACUUCCUUUACAACUCUCCAUCUCCUGAUUGGACUUUCGUUUGAUUUUCUUACUCUCGAAUGGGUUGCUUUCUGUUGACGCUUGUAAUCGGCGAACAUGCAACAAUUGUGUAUUCAUACAGAAUGGGCUCUAAUUGACACACGUCAAUGGCAACCUGUUGCAGAAGGUUACAACACUGCUAACUCUUUUUCUUUUUACGGAACAACCACUAUAAGUGAAGGACUUCAUAAUUAAUUUUUGAAAAUUGAAAUCCCCACGUAUUAAUUUCCCUAGAACUCAGGUACCCAAAUGAAAAUACAACGAUAGUAUCAGAAAAGUCUGAAAAAACUGGCAUCAGGGAAAGGAAAGGAACUAAGGAAGGGAGGGGAACAGCAUAUCUUAAUCUAACUAGAGAUUCGUUGUGCCGAAACUCAGACUAUUCUUUUCAAAGAAGCAAAGAAAAAGGCGCAUAAUUGUAAUUUUGAAACGAAGAGAUUUGGCAAACCUCUCCCUUUCGUUGAUGAAUGAUGAAUCGAUGAAUUUAUAAUAUCUCUCCCCUUUCUAUUAUGAAUUUGGACUUUUGGAGCAUCAAAUUCUCUGCCUAUCUCCAUAUUAAUUAUGCUCCAAUUCAUCUAUUUCAUAUGUUUAGUUUAUGGAUUUUGAUUUUGAUUUAGAUAAGAUUUGUUUAUUUAUAUUAAAUUUUAAAUAAUAUAUCAUUUUAAUUCGUAUAUUUUAUAUUUUAAAAUCUUCAUAAAGUCCGGCCGCAUGCAUUUUAUGCAAAUUGGGUUGGUCAAUUCCUCUCUGUUUCUGCACUUGCUAAACCCUCCCGCCUAAACCCUGAGAACCGGCAUUCUUUUUUCAGCCCUAUCGCCUUACCCGAAUGACCAAAAUACUCUUAACGGCCCUUCUCUCUCGCUCUAUGCGCUCUUUAUCCUCCCUUCCGUUCAAUCCCAUUUUCCCUUCCAAUUUUCAAUCUCAUAAUCUACUCUGUGUCAUCUCCAGAUUCAUGUCUUCUUCCUCCGACGAUCUUGAAGGAUUGUUUGAUCCUGAGGAUCCUAUGUCUCUUGAUAAUUCCCGGAUGGAGUCCAUUUCCAGUAAAGAAUUCUCCUUUUUACGCGAUUCUUUACUGGAGUCGAAGUUUGAUACAGGUAAACGCUCAAAUGACGCCGUUUUGAUUUCAAAUGCGAUUUUGAAUAAUGAUGAUGGGUUUGGGAGCAAAACCCAGAAAUUUCUUAGACAAUUUAGGGAAAAAUUGAGCGAAUCUUUGGUAGCUGAGGUUUUGAAUUUAGUAAAAAACCCUGAAUUGGGUAUUAAGUUCUUUAUAUGGGCUGGCAGGCAAAUUGGGUACAGUCACACUCAGGCUGUGUAUAAUGCGCUGUUAGAAAUGAUUGAGAGUACUAACAACAAUAGUAAUGAUAGAAUACCAGAACAAUUUUUGCGCGAAAUUAAGGAUGAGGACAAGGAAGUUCUUGGGAAGUUGCUUAAUGUUUUGAUUCGUAAGUAUUGUCAAAAUGGUUUGUGGAAUGCAGCAUUGGAAGAAUUAGGCAGACUUAAGGAUUUUGGGUACAAGGCUUCAAGAUUAACUUAUAAUGCUUUAGUUAUUGUGUUUUUAAGAGCUGAAAAAUUAGACACAGCUUAUUUGGUUCAUAGGGAGAUGUCAAACUUGGGGUAUAGCAUGGAUAGCUUUACUUUGGGUUGUUUUGCUCAUUCUCUUUGUAAAGCAGGGAAGUGGAGGGAUGCUUUGACAUUAAUUGAGAAAGAAGAAUUUGUGCCUGAUACAAUUCUUUAUACCAAGAUGAUAUCUGGGUUAUGUGAAGCUUCUCUUUUUGAAGAAGCUAUGGAUUUUUUGAAUAGGAUGCGGGCGAAUUCUUGUAUUCCUAACGUUGUGACAUAUAGGAUUUUGCUUUGUGGAUGUUUGAGAAAAAAACAGCUUGGUAGGUGUAAAAGAAUAUUAAGUUUGAUGAUUAUGGAAGGUUGUUUUCCAAGUCCUGGAAUUUUUAAUUCUCUUGUUCAUGCUUACUGCAGAUCAAGAGACUACUCUUAUGCAUAUAAGUUGCUCAAGAAAAUGGUGAAAUGUGGGUGCCAGCCAGGUUAUGUGGUUUACAAUAUAUUGAUUGGUGGUAUUUGUGGCAAUGAAGACUUGCCUAGUAUGGAUGUUUUAGAGCUGGCUGAGACAGCCUAUAGUGAAAUGCUUGAGGUGGGGGUUGUAUUGAAUAAGGUCAAUGUCAGCAAUUUUGCAAGAUGUCUUUGUGGUGUUGGAAAAUUUGAGAAGGCAUUUAAUGUUAUUCGUGAAAUGAUGAGUAAAGGCUUUAUACCUGAUAUUGGCACAUAUUCCAAAGUCAUUGGUUAUCUGUGCAAUGCAUCCAAAAUAGAGAAGGCUUUUCUAUUGUUUCAAGAAAUGAAAAGAAAUAGUAUUACUCCUGAUGUUUAUACACAUACGAUAUUACUGGAUAGUUUUUGUAAAUCUGGUCUAAUAGAACAGGCUCGCAAGUGGUUUGAUGAAAUGCAAAGAGAUGGUUGUACCCCAAAUGUGGUUACUUAUACUGCCCUUAUACACGGUUAUCUUAAAGCGAGGAAGGUGUCAUGUGCAAAUGAAAUUUUUGAGAUGAUGUUGUCCAAAGGUUGUGUUCCUAAUAUUGUCACAUAUACAGCUCUAAUUGAUGGUCAUUGUAAAGCUGGAAAGAUUGAAAAAGCCUGCCAGAUUUAUGCGAGAAUGAAGAACGAUAGUGCAGAUAUCCCUGAUGUAGAUAUGUAUUUCAGGGUAGUUGACAAUGACUCCAAAGAACCAAAUGUUUUUACAUAUGGAGCUCUGAUAGAUGGUUUGUGCAAAGCCCACAAAGUCAAAGAAGCACGGGAUUUACUAGAAGCUAUGUCAGUUGAAGGAUGUGAACCAAAUCAGAUAAUAUAUGAUGCUCUAAUAGAUGGAUUUUGCAAGGUUGGUAAACUAGACGAAGCACAAGAAGUGUUUACCAAGAUGUUGGAUUGUGGAUAUGCCCCAAAUGUGUAUACUUAUGGCUCUUUGAUUGACAGGUUGUUUAAGGAUAAAAGGCUGGAUCUCGCAUUAAAAGUCUUGUCCAAAAUGCUAGAAAAUUCAUGUGCUCCCAAUGUUGUUGUUUACACUGAGAUGAUAGAUGGUUUAUGUAAAGUUGGCAAGACAGAUGAAGCCUACAAGCUUAUGCUUAUGAUGGAAGAAAAGGGGUGUCAUCCAAAUGUUGUGACUUAUACUGCAAUGAUUGAUGGCUUUGGGAAAGCAGGUAAAGUUGAAAAAUGCCUUGACUUGUUGCAGCAAAUGGGUUCCAAGGGCUGUGCUCCAAAUUUUGUCACCUAUAGGGUUUUGAUAAAUCACUGUUGUGCUUCUGGCCUCUUAGAUGAGGCUCACAAACUUUUAGAAGAGAUGAAGCAGACUUACUGGCCAAAACACAUAUCAAUAUAUCGCAAGGUCAUUGAAGGUUUCAGCCAUGAAUUCAUUGCAUCUCUUGGUCUUUUAGUUGAACUGAGUGAAGAUAAUUCAGUACCAAUAAUCCCGGUUUAUAAACUUUUGAUUGAUAAUUUUAUCAAGGCUGGAAGGUUGGAGAUGGCUCUAGAGCUGCUUGAGGAGAUGUCAUCAUUUUCGUCAUCUUCAGCUGCCUACCAGAGUACAUGUAUUUCUCUGAUUGAGAGCUGUUCACUUGCAUGCAAAGUUGACAAAGCUUUUAAGUUGUAUGCAGACAUGAUUAGUAGGGGCUGUGCUCCAGAGCUAAGCAUAUUAGUUUACCUUAUCAAGGGGCUUCUAAGAGUUAACAAGUGGGAAGAAGCUAUGCAACUGUCAGAUAGCAUAUGUCGGAUGGAUAUCCAGUGGGUUCAAGAAAAGCAGAAAGCUGAUGCAAAUUAGUUUUUGCCGUAAAUCUAUAUCGACUUGAUUUAGAAAUCCAAUGAUUAAUGGUGCAGUAACUAAGUGCUUUGCAUAGAGGUUGACUUGCAAUUGUGAUGGCUCCAUGUGCAUCAUCAAGUGUCAGAUGUGGCAGCAUGUUCUUGAUGUUAGAAAUGGUAUUAGCUAUGCAUGUAUAUUAUUUGGAGAACAAGUAUCCUCAGCAUCUAUUGUUGCCUCGUGAUGAUAUUCAGAAAAAGCCAUCCAUCUUACCAGAAAUUAAUGGAGGGAAAAGUCAGUCCAGAUUAGCAACUUCUUUGGGCUCAGUAUCAUAUUAGAAAAGGCUUUUCAGG